UAUAUAUGAUGUAGAUGGCAUAUUGUCACCGAAUAUUAAUGAACUCUCAUGCGAAGAUGACAGCGUAAAUUACACACAACAACGCGUGACAUGAGCUAAUCCAAUCAAGUUUGAAAAUAGCUCCAUUUUACUGCGCAGCAUUUUGAUUGGUCAAUCUAUCAAUCAGACUAAGAAAUCAACAUCUUCUUAUUUUAUUUUAAGCAAUUGGAAAUCUGAGGGGGCCGGACAUGUAAACGAGGGGGCCAAGGCCCACCCAGGCCCCCUCGUGGCUACGCCCCUGCCGUACACAAAUGGGGCCGCACGCUGAAAAAAUUUGGGAACCACUGGUCUAUCUUACAUGCUUUGCAGUAGUAGGGGAGAGUGGGGUAAAGUGAGACAUCGGGUAAUGUGAGACACCCCCUGUAUCUAGGCAACGGAACACAUUUGUGGUCAUGUGACCAUUAUUUUUUAAGCCCCUCAAAAUUCCUCUUUGCCAUGAGGGAGAGGACCAUAUGCUGCUGUGAAAAACCAUCAUGCCAAGGCAAUACACCAGAAAGACAACCUGGGGAAAAACACCCCUUGAGGAGAUGGAGAGGGCAGCUGCUGAGGUCAAGGAAGGAAAGAAGUCUCUAAGAGCAGCUGCAAGGGAUAGAAAUAUAGAUAAGUCAAGCCUCCUAAGAUUUAUUAAGAAAAAACAGAAAGGGGAAGUAAAAUCAGUAGCCUGGGGUGCAGUAGCUGAGGCAAAGAGAAUAUUCACAGAUGAGAUGGAGGAGGAGCUUGCCAAACACUUGAAACAACUAGCUGAAAAGUUCCAUGGCCUUCCUCCAGUUAAGUGCCGUCAACUGGCAUUUGAGUACGCAGAGAAAAAUAAUAUCCCUGUCCCUGCCAAUUGGACAAAGACACAAUGUGCAGGUGAAGAUUGGUUUGGCAGCUUCCUAGCACGUCGCCAUCUCUCUGUCCGAACUCCAGAGGCAACAUCCCUACAGUCAGGGAGUUCUUUGGUUCUUUGACAAUCUGGCUGUAGUGAUGGACAGGUCACAGCAUUAAUUCUUUAGAUGCUAAUGUUUUAUGGAGGCUUUACUGGUAAGAUUUGGUUUUGAUUCUGAUAAGGUUCUUCUCUUGCCUCUCAUCUUUAACAGGCAUAGAUUCCCUCCACACAUGAUUUACAAUGUCGAUGAAACAGGCGUCUUUACAGUACAAAAGCCACAGCAGGUAGCCUAAGCUACACAUGAUAUACUAGACAGCACCAGACUGAUACUGAGUGGCUUGUGAUAAUGACCAGCUAGACAAAAUUGUCUUUUGUUCUGACCCUCAGACUGCGUUCUAAUCUAACUGGUUUUAUCUGUCAUUUGAAUGUUAAUAAAAAAAAAUGAAUUAUAUUAUGUUACAAUAUGUGUUGUUAUGGUAGUUUUAGAGUGGAAAAAGUAAGUGGAUCAGUUUACCCCGUUGAUUUUUCUGGUCUGGGGUAAAGUGAGACACAAGACCACUUUUUUAAAAAACAAUCAUAUUUUCACUGCCCUUCAUCCUGAAUACAUUCUGGUAAUUUCCAUGUGUAAAUUUGACUGAUAUAUCAUUUUAGUUCGCUUACAGGGGAUCAAAUGUAAAAAUGUCUCACUUUACCCCACUCUCCCCUACAGUUAAUGUACAAUAAUAUAUUGUAUAACUUUCCAGACAGUAUGUGUCGACUACUAAGUAGUCAGGUAUGUUUUCCAUAUCACUAGUGUAUUUUGAGUGUUAGUUUGUGUUAUUCACAACUGUUAAUUAUUAUUGUCUAUUAUUGUAAAAUACAAUACACUCUGACAACUGAUUUAGUUUACAAAACGACAAAAGAGAUUUGUAUUCU